AUGGCCAUUGUGCAGGACUGGCUUCCGCCCACGCGGGAAAACUACGAGACGCUCGUAUUCAUCUGGCAAUUCCUCUACCCCAUCCUAGGCUCGAUGCAAUGGGUCAUUAAGUGGUACGGCAUGGGCAAGACGUCUGUCCGCAGCCCGCUCAACAUCCCCGGGCGCAUCGCUUGGAUGACCAUGGAGGCGCCCGGCUUCCUGACCCUCGUCUACAUCAUGAACACGCUCCCGCAGCAGCACGGCAUCCACGACCUGCCCUGGCAGAACCGCGUGCUCGGCGGUCUCUUUGUCAUCCACUACCUCAACCGCGCCAUCCUCUUCCCGCUCAUGCAGCCCUCCAUGGCGCCCAUCCACGUCGCCGUCUGGGCCAUGGCCGUCGGCUUCCAGCUCUGCAACGCCACGUGCCUCGGGUCCUGGCUCUCCGCCUACGGCGUCGUCACCGAGGCCGGCUGGACCGCGCAGUCGCCGCUGCCGCAGUUCGCCUUUGGCCUCGCGCUCUUCUACGUCGGGCUGGCCGGCAACUGGUUCCACGACGAGGAGCUGCGCGAGAUUCGCCGCAAAGAGCAGCGCCGCCAGGACCGACUCCGCGCGGAGUCCGGCGCCGGAGGAGCGCCGGCGGUGGAGAAGCACUACGAGAUCCCGCAGGCCGGGCUGUUCAAGUACAUGCUCUACCCGCACUACCUCCUCGAGUGGAUCGAGUGGCUCGGCUUCUGGGUCGCCGCCGGCUGGAGCUGCACCCCCGCGAGGGCGUUUCUGGUCAACGAGAUGACGGCCAUGCUUCCGCGCGCGGUCAAUGGCAAGAAGUGGUACGUGGACAAGUUUGGCCCGGAAAAGAUUAACAAGAAGUGGGCAGUCAUUCCCGGCGUGUGGUGA